CUCACAGCAGGGGUGGCACUGCCCACUAACCACACAGCUGCAGAAGCUGCUGUGCCCCUUCACUGAGAGAGCUGGCUGUCAUGGAGGGAAGGGAGCUGAAGAAGUGAGAAAUAAGGAGGAGAGACUCCUGAAGAUUGGACAGUCAGAUUUAAUGCUGUAUACCUUGGAGGAGCUCCAUCUUCAGAUUUGAUCAAGUAUUGAAACCAAGAUUGUGUAGUUUCACAUCUAAAUAUUUGUGGAUGGAUCAGAUCAAACCAUUCACUGUGUUCGAGCUCUCAGUUUGACGCCCUCUGCUGGAUCGGUCUGCCCUGGUCAGUUCCUCAGCUGACCAUGGGGAACUACAACUCUGGACUGUACGCUGAUGUGGAACAUUUUAAAGGCAUUGUGUCUUCCCCAGGAAGAGUGACUUCUGAACAGCACAUGCUGGAGAACACCAGCCUUUAUAAUCAUGUUAGUGGUGCUGAGGAGUCAGUAGUUUGGGAGGAGAAUGUACCUGACCUGGCUGCCCUCAAAUUUCUCCAUACUGUACCAGAACCACGCAGAGGAAAGCCAAUACUUGAAAUUAGGACUCCAGUUUCAGAGCCUGUUGCGAUUGCUGCAUCUCCUGCAGUCUCCUCUGGACCAGCACUAAAGCCCAGACCUCCUCCGUCCGGCCCGGCUACUCUACAGGGGCUCAGAGACGAGAUCCACGACAUGAGAGGAGAACUGGAGCUGCUGAAGAAUCAGCACAAGAGAGAGAUUACACUGAUGAUGAACGAACUGGACGAGGAGAAGAAAAUGCGCCUAUCGCUGCAGGUUGAAGUUGAUCGUCUUAAGAAACACAUGUCCAAGUGAUCUGCAUCAAACCAAAAUGGACAGAACAGAUCUCACUGUGACUCAGAGGAGAUACGCUGACCCUGGAUUUACCUCUGAGCUGAACCUGAAUCAAAGAUCCAGUGUGUUUAAGGCUUUCAGAAACACUGGAUGGUUCAGGAGUGACAUUGAGCUGCAAACCCGCCUGUGACAGACUGUGGUAGACUGUGAUAAACUGUUCUGAAAUUAAAUAUGUUCUGUAUAAAAUACAACAUAUUAUUA